CUUCGGUGCGUUCGCGGAUCGGGACUAUUAGUUACCACAUCUUUGUCCCCAAAUCUCUGCCUUCUGAUAAAAGUUUGCAUCAGCUAGUCCUUGGAAGGAAGAACAAGCAGACCGAGAUGUGUAGCUCCGUGACUGGUAAGCUGUGGUUCUUGACAGAUCGUCGCAUCAAAGAAGACUACCCACAGAAAGAGAUCCUAAGAGCUCUGAAGGCCAAAUGCUGUGAAGAGGAAUUGGACUUUAGGGCUGUAGUGAUGGACGAGGUGGUGCUGACAGUCGAGCAAGGAAAUCUGGGUCUGCGGAUCAAUGGAGAGCUGAUCUCUGCCUACCCACAGGUGGUGGUAGUGAGAGUUCCAACCCCAUGGGUGCAGAGUGACAGUGAUAUCACUGUUUUGCGCCACCUAGAGAAAAUGGGGUGCCGGCUGAUGAACCGGCCUCAAGCCAUCCUGAACUGUGUUAAUAAAUUCUGGACGUUUCAAGAGCUGGCUGGGCACGGUGUGCCUCUACCAGAUACUUUUUCUUACGGUGGCCACGAAAACUUUUCUAAAAUGAUUGAUGAAGCGGAAGUGCUGGAGUUCCCAAUGGUGGUGAAGAACACACGGGGUCAUAGAGGCAAAGCUGUUUUCUUGGCACGAGAUAAACACCAUUUAGCUGAUCUAAGCCAUCUUAUUCGGCACGAAGCUCCAUAUUUGUUCCAGAAAUAUAUCAAAGAGUCUCAUGGAAGGGAUGUGAGAGUCAUUGUUGUGGGAGGCCGUGUAGUUGGCACCAUGCUACGCUGUUCGACAGAUGGAAGGAUGCAAAGCAACUGUUCCCUAGGUGGUGUGGGGAUGAUGUGCUCAUUGAGUGAACAAGGGAAGCAGCUAGCUAUCCAGGUGUCUAAUAUCCUGGGGAUGGAUGUGUGUGGCAUUGACCUGUUGAUGAAAGAUGACGGCUCCUUCUGUGUCUGCGAGGCCAAUGCAAAUGUAGGUUUCAUCGCCUUUGAUAAGGCUUGUAAUCUAGAUGUAGCUGGUAUCAUAGCAGACUAUGCUGCCUCCCUUCUGCCCGCUGGGCGGCUCACCCGGCGCAUGUCCCUGCUCUCUGUGGUGUCCACUGCCAGUGAGACCAGUGAGCCGGAGCUCGGUCCCCCUGCCAGCGCUGCUGUCGACAACAUGAGCGCCAGUUCCAGCUCUGUUGAUAGCGACCCUGAAAGCACCACCGAGCGAGAGCUGCUCACCAAGCUCCCAGGGGGGCUGUUCAACAUGAACCAGCUGCUAGCCAAUGAAAUCAAACUCCUGGUGGAGUGACUCCACUGGUAAAUAGUUAAACAACAAAACCCUUGUAAAACUGUCUCCCUGCACCCCAUCCCCUUCCCCUUAACCAACUUGCAAUGCUGUUCAUGGAGAAUGUUCAGAAGGUUGAGAUAAAGGUAUAGUAAGAUUGAUUAUAUGAAGGGAAAAUAGAUGAGACCCCUUAGUGUAAUACUUAACUGAUUCAUUUACAGAUCUCACAGAGAGGAAUACGAGGUGACACACAGAGAAAUGGCAGGCUCUCAUGUUAACCUUUUUAGUUACUAAAAGCCUGCUUUAAGGCCAUGAGGAACAUGAGAAGUUUUUUUCCCUCUCCUCAUGGUUUCUUGCUUUUGUCUUUAUGUAGAGUGGUUUCGAUUCAAGAACUUGGUAGCAUUGACUUCAGUUUCAAGAUUUGUAUAGAGGAAAACAUCCACUUAAAAUCCAGAAAUGUUUUAAAUAAUAAUCUGAAAAUUCUGCCCGUUUCUCUCAGCUAGCAUUUAGCACAUAGUUUAUGAACUCUAAGGGGCUCUGACUGGAAUUUAUAUUCAUGUUUGUCUUUGUUUUUUUUCCCCUUAAUUUGGGUGGGAGGGUAAUGUGACUAUAACCCAAUAAAGAUUUUUAAUAACAAAAUUGGCAUGUUUGCAUGAUGAAAGGGAAAUGAACAGUAUUGCAAUGUUUGGUAUACAAAGUAGCAUUUACUCAGUGUAGAUGGUUACACUAGUUGAGGUUUGUGCAUUGACUUGUAUUUGCUAGUGAUUUAGUCUUUCUCAAAGGAUACAUGCUCUGUUACUGUUACAUUGUUAACACAUGCUGGUAACACCCUUGCUCUAUGACUGCAUCUUUAACAAUGGCCAAAGUAAACAAUGCUACUUUUCUGGUUAACAAGACACCACUCAAAACAUACAUUUAAAAGUCUCCCUGCCUUCCCUUUUUUCUGUUUGGAUGAGUUAAACAUUUAAAGGAUAUAAAAGACAUUUCCGGAAGGCAAGUCAAGAUAUUAGGUAUAAAGCUGAAAGGAUUUCUUAAUGCUAACUUUUUGUGUUUGCAGUUUUCACAUUUUAGAAAGGAGUAUAUAUGUUGCAUGCAAGUGUACAUGUUUUAUUCUUUGUUUACACCAAACAGAAUAGAUUCUAGAGAAUGGCAUGAUGGGAAACAGUUUUUUACUUAAAACAAAACAGAUGAAUUGCCUUAGACCUCGAUAGUAUAAGAUACUCCCCGAAAGACAAUAGGAAAGUAGAUGUUUCUUAGGCUUUUCUGUGUGUAUGAAUGUUGUUUGUUUUUGUAGACUGUUUGGUGUAUGAUUUAUUCAAGGCUACAUGCUUUUAUUUAAUGUCAUGGCUGUGCAUUUUGUUUUUUAUGCUUAAGAUCUGGAGGGAGGUGGGCUGGAUGUUUUGGGGGGGGGUUUAUUUAAGUAUUGAGUCUCAUAGCCCUACUCCUAAGCCUUCGGUACUGACCACUCUGUUCCUUUUUUGAAUUGAUGAAAACCCCAAACUGCAUAUAAUAUGAGCCUUUAACACGAGGAGUAAAAUCUAGUCGUGAGUCUGGAAGAUGUGUUAAGAAGUGGAGAUGCUUCAGGGGUCAACAUAAUUCCCCAAGCUUUUCUUGCUUCUCCAGUGCUGUUUUUCUUCAGAUGGACCUUAACAUAAUUUCUCGGACACUACUUAGAGACUUGAAGGCGAUAAUAAGACAUCAGUAUCAUCCAGCUCAACAGAGGUUUGAUCAUGGUUAACUGUGUAGUUCUCUCAUUUUAAAAAGGAAUGUAAUAAAACUUGGUUUUCCCCAUAGAAUUAAAUAAUAUUAAAACGGAGUGAAAGGUUUUAUUGACAAAUAGAAUAGUACCUAAUCUGUGCACUCUCAUUUCACCUCAGAAAAAAGACACACAAGGAGUUCCUAAUCUGUCUUUAGGGCACUCUAAUUGCAUCUGCAGGUUCUGAUUUGCACAGCAUGAUUGGGAGUCAUACAGACGUACCUCUGAUUCGUUAACAGAAUAAAAGUACUUGGUACUUU